AUGGUGUUUAACAUGCAGCCUUAUGGCCUCCAGUCGAUGCUUAAGGAGGGACAUCGGCACCUAUCGGGUUUGGAAGAGGCCGUCCUUAAGAACAUUGACGCAUGCCAGGAGCUCUCGGUCAUCACUCGCACCUCCCUCGGUCCAAAUGGUGCGAUGCGAGCGGAAGUUCCGUUUUCUUCAUCUUCUUUCUGAUUUUGUUGUUUACUUUCUCACCCAUGCUUGAUCGGAGAGUCCAGGGAUGAACAAGAUGGUGAUAAACCACCUGGACAAGCUGUUCGUGACGAAUGACGCAGCCACGAUCGUAAACGAGCUCGAGGUGCAACAUCCAGCUGCGAAGAUUUUGGUGCUCGCAGGCAAGGCUCAGCAGGAGGAGGUCGGUGAUGGGGCCAACCUGGCGAUAUCCUUCGGUGGGGAGCUUCUCCACAAUGCGGCUGAGCUCAUCAGGACUGGUCUGCACCCCAGCGAGAUCAUCAGUGGUUACACGAAAGGAAUUAACAAGGUUCCUUUGACAUAUCUUUCUUGUUAUAUUAGACAUAUUGCUUGACUCGAAGUAUCUGGCUUCAUAAUCUGACUUCUCUUAAUGACAUUAUAGACCAUAGAAAUUUUGGAUGAGUUAGUAGAGAAGGGAUCGGAGACGAUGGAUGUGCGAAACAAAGAUGAAGUCGUCCUGCGGAUGAGAGCUGCUGUUGCCAGCAAGCAGUAUGGGCAAGAAGACAUUUUGUGCCCGCUCAUUGCUGAUGUUCGUAGAGUUUUUUUCAAUUUGUUUCGGGGUUUUUCUCCGUGGAAAGUUUAGCUGACACUGAAUCUUCAUCAUGACUCAGGCAUGUAUCCAGGUCUGUCCCAAGAAUCCUGUAAACUUCAAUGUGGACAAUGUUAGAGUUGCAAAGUUGGUUGGGGGUGGCUUGCAAAAUUGUACGAUCGUCCGUGGCAUGGUCUUGAAACAUGAUGCGGUCGGUAGUAUCAAGAAAAUGGAGAAGGCCAAGGUUGAAAAUCUAUUCUUGUUCGCUUGCAUCUCCCUCGUUUUUUUCCGUUAGAAAUGCUUUCAAAUUAUUUUCACUAUACAUUAUCCCGAUCAUGUGAGUCAUGCCCUAGUCUAGUAUGCAAAUUAUCCAGUGGGAAAUUCCUUCUAAGUCAGUAUGCGAACUCUUCUAUAUGUCCUUUUGUAAAAUUCUUCACCGUGGUCUGGAACUCAAUAAUGGGCAUCAUGAGUCGAAUGGGGGAUGUUUAGGAAGUAGGAAAAGGAAGGUGAUCGAUCUUUUGAGGAUCUAAGAUUGUUUGGAUACUGGGUGUGGAGAAUAGGAGUGGACUAUGACAGAGGUGGUUAAGGGAAAGCCCUUCAAGGAGGGUUCAAGACCAUUACCUGGUGCUUACUCUAUGUUGGAGUGGAAGUGGGGAAUGGCCGGAAUACUGAACUUUGUAAGAUUUCAUCUAACUCGAAUUAUAUGCUAUCUGCCCCAUGUAUGUCAUUUCCACAGAAUAAUGAAGGAUUCGUUAACAACAUUGCAACAGAGUAAAUGAGCUCCUUCCUUUAGGAUGGCACUUGUGGAACAAAGUUUGGAACAAGGUAGGGUUGUUGAGGAAAAUUUUAAGACAGCAAUUGGCUGAUCAAUAGGGGCGGGAAUAAAAAUCGGCUGGGACUUUUUUGUCGCACUAGCAUUUUCUUUCACUGCCGACAAGGAUGAAAGCAAGAAGAUGCUAUAGCAGUUAUAAAGCUUCCACACGGAGUUCAUAAUUUGAUUGAUAGACUGCCCAUACUAUGACUUUCCAUCUUUUAAGGGAAUGAGUACAUUAAUUCUUGGCAUUGGAACCAUCUGCACUUUUACAAGUUCAAUUUUGGUGAACAGAACAAUCAAACAAUGGGCUUUCUUGUGUUAUAGGAUCGCUAGAUUCCUUCCUGACAUUAGUACAUCCCAUCUUACACAAUAAAUUUUGGUUGUGAUUCGUUUUUUGUUAUUCUAAAUCUGUGAACAGAUGUCUAUAUUUCUAUUAUUCUGGCAAAAGCUUGCUAUUUAGUUCGUACACGAUUGAAACGCUCUUCUUUCCAUGUCGCUUAACCACUUAGGAAAUCAUGCUUUUCUCAAUGCUUAAAAGUGGACUGUAUACUAUGGAUGUAAUUCUAAGGUUUGAUUAUUCUCAUUUAAUUUUGAUUUUUUUUGGGCAUAUCUUCUUCAUAUUCCACCUGAGGAACUGAGCUGCCUAUUGUCAUAGUAAAAUCCACCCACUGUCUAUCAUUAUUUGCCUAGAAUAUUUGCCUUCCAUUCUUGCGGCUUUUGUAUAUUCAUUUGGGCAUAUAUUGGUUCAGGUAUAUGCCCUAAUGGAGUUUUGUGUCCAGUAUCUUUAAGUUUCUGUAGUGCGGUUGCAGGCAGAGACCAGCAAUGUCCAUGCUUUUAAUUCAAAUUUGUUUGAAGUUUUAUCAUUUGACCAAGCUCGCUUUUGUGGUGUUCGCAGAUUGCUGUCUUUGUUAGUGGUGUGGACACAUCUGCGACAGAAACGAAAGGCACUGUACUGAUACAAAGUGCUGAGCAGGUAUGGUUUCUAGGGAGCUAAUUGAUAGUUUCAUUUUUCUAUUUUCUAUUAUUCAUGGGCACACUUUGUGGCAGUCUCCUUGGAGGUGUACUGAUCUAGUUGUUUACAAAUAACGUCUGUCAUUGAGAACUCUGAAUAGCUUUUUAUGUUUUUAUGUAUUUAUAGAUAUAUGCAUCUCAGACACUGGAGCUCUUUCUCCCAUCCUUUUUUUUCAACGUUUUUGGUAACUUGUACAGUGCGCACUUUUUGGCUCUACCCAUAAUUGUAAAGUAAUAGGUUGAACAUGGGAUAAAAGUUCCAUAUUAAUAGGAAUCAAUCCACCUGCUUCUAUUUUUUCUUACAUACCGGCUGGAAGCAUUGAUGUAUCCGUUGGAUUGAAGCAAUAGUGCCGUCAUUUUCUGGAAUCAUAAUAUCUGCGUGAACUGGGUCACGAUUUCUAUUGAUUAAACAAAUUGUCAGAAUCCCAAAAUGACGCAUUCUCAGAUAACCAUAUAUUCUUCUUGCUAUCAACAAUAAGGAUCUCUAUUUUGGCCACUUUUUUGGUCACUGUCAAAUGAUUCCCUUUACUUUAAGUUUCCAUGGACUAUUUUGUCUACAUUGUCAGAUUGACAGAAAACUGGUGGUCACUUACACUUCUUGUGCAUUUAACAGCUAGAGAACUAUUCAAAAACUGAGGAAUCAAAAGUUGAGGAGCUUAUUAGAGCCGUUGCUGAAUCAGGCGCCAAGGUUAUUGUUAGUGGGGGAGCAGUGGGUGAGAUGGCGUUGCAUUUCUGUGAGCGUUACAAGUAAGCCAAUCUCCUUGUGGAAUUUUCUAGGUUAAUUUCUUUAAUUUUUAUAAACACUCUGUUAAGUUGUAGGUUUCUGUAUUUUUUUUUUAGGAGCUCAAAACUACCUUCUAGUUAUUCCCUCUAGUUGCAUUGUCAUGAGAAUAAUAAACAUGUAUUAACUAUUCGAAUUCAUCUCUUGUAGCCCAUCAAGGUUUUUGAUAUGAUGAAAAACCGUCGUUGCUUGGGUCUGAGGUUCAUGUGGUCAUCUUCACCUUUGUCGGGGACAGGCUUCAUGCAGGGCUCCAAUGGGUGCUUUUAUCUGCCAUUAAACUGGGCACCAUCAAAGGUUGCAAUGGGCACUACCUUGGGGUUGGCUCACCUGCAGCCCCUACUUCCUUACUCUGUCCUACACGUCUGCCAGUAACCAGCCCCCAUUGUCCCUACUUCCUUUCCCUGUCCAUCUGUACCCUUCUCCUUCUCUGUUGAUUGCAAACUUCUUUUGUCAGUCCUCUCCUCAACGCUCAUGAUUAUAGCCCCCACAACCCUCCCUCUGUUGCCCCGGCGACUGGGUCUAUUCCUGAUGUGAGAGGGAGUAAGGUUGCUUACUACCAUACAGAGCAGUGAUAUUCAAUUCCUCCCUUAGUUUGUUGGAAUUUACCAUAACUCAUUUCCACUGAGAUUGAGGCAUGGAUCAUAUGGUGUCAUUGCGUUUGACAAUGUAUCAUUUUUUUUUUAUUGAGUCAGGCAUGGCUUCUUGUGUCUCUUCAUUAUCUUCAUCCAUGCUUCCGUUUUCUCCAUGUCUUAACCUUUCUGAACAUGUUUCUACUGCUAUUUCUACCGCCUCUCUAGUAGUCAUUUAAAUAUGAUUUUUUUAUUGCUACACACCUCUCUUUUCAGUAUAUUGUAGGUCCAUGUGCUUACGACUGCACAUAGCAGAUGACCGUCUUUAUGCUUUUCCACUUUUAUGCAUUUGAAAUUUAUUGUAUCAUUGUCAUUGGCAAAAUAAAUGAUUAUUAAAUGUUUUGGGAUGAUCCACUAUUUAUAUAGAAUUACAUCUUCAUGCUACAUCUGAUGUUUUGAAAAUUACAUGGGUGCCUGUUCUUUCCCACAGGAUCAUGGUCUUAAAAAUCAGUUCAAAAUUUGAGCUGCGAAGAUUUUGCCGAACAACUGGUGCUAUUGCUCUUGUAAUUCUUCUUCUUCAUCGGCUUUUGUACUUUUAUUUUGCAUGUAAUUCUUCUGCUUCCUCUGAAUCACGUUGUGUAAUGACGACAACAGCUGAAACUUAGCCAGCCGAAUCCCGAUGAGUUAGGAUACGCGGACUCUGUUUCAGUGGAGGAAAUCGGUGGCACUCGGGUACAUCCUCGCCAUUCAUUCUCCUGAAGGAUUCCCCCUGCCCUAAAAAGUUGCAUCUCCCUUAUUCCCUGGCAGUUUCUUGUAUUCUGUGCUUAUAUUUUUGGUUUUAACGUUUCAUAGGUGACGAUUGUGAAGAACGAGGAGGGUGGAAACUCAGUGUCUACAAUUGUUUUGCGGGCGAGCACUGACAGUAUACUAGAUGACCUUGAAAGAGCUGUUGACGAUGGUGUUAAUGUGUACAAGGUUUGGCUCUGUAGUAAACGAGUUCAUCUUCAAUAUGGUUCUUCCUAUUCCAUAGACGUUCAAGAGUGUCCUUACAUGCCUACUUACACAAUAGGUGUCGAAUUUAUUGCAUGCUUACGUCUAAUUUGUCUUUCAUUGGAACAGAUUAUUAUAUCUAAUAUAUUCCUUUUAUCAGGCUAUGUGUAGAGAUAGCCGUAUAGUUCCUGGGGCUGGUGCAACUGAAAUAGAAUUAGCGAGAAGAUUGAAGGAGUUCUCUCAGAAAGAAACAGGGUAACCUUUGGCCUCUAUUUUUUUUUGAUAUUUUCCCAACUUUGUUAUAUGCUUCCCACUUUAGUAUAGCUGAUGUACAUCAUCCACUGGAAACCAGUUGUGAUAGAUCUAUUUUUGUAAUGCUAUUGCUAGGUAGGAAAACUAUUCCUUUAGGCUAUGCUAACUGGCUAUCCUUUUUAUACUUGGCCAUUUUCUGCUGUUUCAGAGUCUAGUUAUUGUUAAUGAAUUCUCUCUCUCCCCUGGAUCCUGUGGAAUGUGGUGGACUGUCGCACCUAGCUCACACAGAUUAAUGUAGAGUCGGGCACGAUUUUAUUUUUAUUUUUUAUUUUUUAAAAAUAAAACUUUAGCUAGAAGGUGACAAUAAAGUUGCAAGGUAGGGAUUGAGAUUUGCAUACAGUUCAACGAUUAUUGUCACGUGUAAUAUGAUAUUUUAAUUUAUUAAGAAAAUAUAAUUAUCUUGUUUGAAAUGUAUUAUAUUGCAAUGGAUAGCUGUAAAAGUAGAUGGAUCAAUCUUCGGGAUUACUGUGAUUGACAGCAAUCGAAAUUUUUUUUUUUUUUAGGCUGGAUCAGUAUGCUAUCGCGAAAUUUGCAGAAAGCUUUGAGCUGGUACCAAAAACCCUGGCAGAGAAUGCGGGGCUCAAUUCAGUUGAGGUCAUAUCUUCCUUGUACGCGGAGCACGCAUCUGGCAACACCAGCGUGGGUAUUGACCUUGACGAGGGAGCCUGCAAAGAUGCGUCAGCCAUGAAAGUUUGGGACCUUCAUGUUACGAAGUAAGAUCCCUUUCUUUAUUUUGUUCUGGCAUUAUCUGAUGAUCCUCCCCACCACCCACCACCCGCCAUUGCUUAGAGAAUGGAGCCCGGAUGAACACUGGAUCAGGGUUGGGUUUGAAGCUUCUUGAUAAAUAGAUUCCGGCUCUUAGGUUCGUAUUUAUCAGUGAUUAUGUACAUGAGUCGUUCCAAUGCAGGUUCUUCGCCCUCAAGUAUGCAGCUGAUGCGGCGUGCACCGUCCUCCGAGUUGACCAGGUGAGCUUCUCCGCCACAUGCUCUCUCUCUCUCUCUCUCUCUCUCUCUCUCUCUCUACCCCAUCCCAACCAUUCAGUUUAGCCCAGCAGCCCUGGUUCGUUAUAUCUGUGGUCAUUACUGGGCAGAUCAUAAUGGCGAAGCCAGCGGGUGGGCCGAAGAGAGACCAGCCUGCCGGAAUGGACGAGGACUGA